CUGCUUUUAAGACAAGAAAGGGGAGAAGCUGAGUUGGGGGAGAAGGGAGGUCGAGAUGAGGCGGCGCAGCGCGGUGCUCCUGCGGCUCGCCGUGCUGCUGCCGCUGCUACUGCUGACGGUGGCGCCGGGGGCGGCCGGGGUGUGGCUGAACCUGCCGGCUUCCGGCACCAAGUGCGUCUCGGAGGAGAUACAACCCAACGUGGUGGUGCUCGCCGACUACGCCGUCGUCCAUGAGGGCCACGCCGAGGGUGGCCUCCCCACCAUCGCCGCCAAGGUCACAUCACCUUAUGGAAAUACGCUUCAUCACAAAGAACAUGUUACAGCAGGUCAGUUUGCGUUCACAACUACUGAGGCUGGCAACUACCUGGCUUGUUUCUGGAUAGAUAGCGGUGACAAAGGAGUAGACACGAGUGUUAGCCUUGACUGGAAGGUUGGAAUUGCAGCAAAGGACUGGGAUUCUGUUGCGAAAAAAGAAAAGAUUGAGGGUGUCGAGCUAGAGCUGACAAAAUUAGAAGCAGCUGUGCAGGCAAUCCAUGAGAAUUUGCUUUAUCUCAAGUCCAGGGAAGCUGAGAUGAGGGAGGUGAGCGAGCGGACCAACGCAAGGGUUGCAUGGUUUAGUAUCAUGUCCCUUGGGGUUUGCAUUGUAGUCUCUAUCUUGCAGUUGUGGCACCUGAAGAGUUACUUCCAGAAAAAGAAACUUAUCUAGGUUAUGUUUGUGUACUCUUACUCUGCAAUUCUUAUCAAGAUAUGGAUGGACUUCAAACAAUGCUGUCUAAUAUGGAUUACAACUUAGUUUUGCAGCAAAGUGACAACAUUUCGAGUA